UGAGUAAUCUUUCCAAAUUUGGAAUAGGUUGACUUCUGCGUUGCACUCGAGUAACCGUCCUUCAAUCAAGCUCAGAGCGGAACUGGCGCUAAAUAUUGAUUUGAUUGUCUUUGCUAUAGCUAGCCUUGGACGUCACAAAAGUUAUUGUUUAUGUUGCGCCAUAAUUAGAAUAAUGAGGCCAAUAUACAUAGAGCAUAUUGGCCAGCUGUUGCGUAGGUGAGGUUACCGUCGACCACCGUUGCCGCAAGACAAAGCUAGGGACAAUUUGUGCUGCCGGCAUCCAGUUUUCGGUGCUAUCCUGUUCACAACGCACACGAUGAACAUUAGUAAUCUGCUUCAGUUCGAGUCGAUGGAGUACAAAGGCGCUCAGACCCAAGCGACGUCCAUCAAUCAGUUUGUGGCCAGCGCCUUGCGUGUCUUAAUCGAGGACUUCUAUCAGCGUGUUGCUCCAUCAUUUAUGCUAAUCAUCUCGUGCCGUCGGCCCAGUCCGAUGAACUUCUAUCGCAACAUAAUGCAGCUGCUCUACGAGAGCGUUGACAACAUGAUUCUUCAGCUGAUCCACUACAAUUACACCCAACCGCAACGCAUUGCGGGUCCACGAUUACACAACCUGCUGCUGGUCGAUUCGCUCCAAGCAUUGCUGGACAUUGAGAUACAUACGUAUACCUCCCGGAACGAUGGCAGCGAGUAUUACUUCAUAUUUCUGCAGCAGCGGGAUGCCCUGAUCUCGUUGGAGAUGCAGGGCGUCUUUGAGUAUUGUUGGCGGCACCAGCUGCUCAAUUGCAAUGUGAUGACUCAGAGCGCUAGAGGAGAGGUGCUGAUGUACACAUAUUUCCCAUAUGCGGCGACACACUGCGACGCUGUGCUAAGUCAGCAGAUCAAUCGGUUUAUGGGCACGGCGUGGCAGCAGCCCGUCUACUAUCCAGCCAAACUCCACAAUCUGCAUGGCUGCCCGCUGAAGGUGCUGCUGCGUUCAGUAUUGCCCUUCUUCAGCGUGAACGUUGAGGCACCUGGACUUGAGGACCGACUGCUGCAGGAGCUGGCAAGGCGCAUGAACUUUGUGGUGCACUCGGUGGCCGAGCACAAUCCGGAUGUGCCCUGGACAGAGCAGCAAAUACUGCAAAUGUUGCAGCAGCGACGCGCUCACCUUGCCAUUGGCUAUAUACGCAAACGUGUGGAGCAUGCAGCCAAUUUAACCGCUGUCUUUCCACACUUCUCAAGUCGUCUGGUCGGCUGCUUGCCAAUGAACGCGUACAAUUUGACCAGCUUCGAGCUAUUGAGUUAUCCCUUCCAGAGAUUUGCCUGGUUGGCCGUGCUGAGCAGCUUUCUGGCCGUUAGCUGCCUCAUGCUGUGCUCGCGCCGUCGCAUAGAUCGGGCCACGGUGCUGCUCUCCGUGGUUGCCAUUGCCUGGGGUCAGCCCAGUGUCGCCUCUGCUUGGCGACCUGCCCAUCAGGUGCUCUACGUCAAUUGGCUUUGCUUUACGCUACUAGUGCGUGCCAUGUACUUGGCCCUGUUCUAUUAUAUGCUACGGCAGCAUAUUCAUCAACGUUUGCCGCGCAAUCUUCUCGAGCUGAUUGAGGGUAGCUAUGCGGCCGUGAUGAAUCGCAUUACGGCACACGAUGUGGCCGAGGUGAGCAGCCUUCAAGAGCUUGUGAUUAACAUGCGUGCCAUUGUCCUGGCCAGCGAAGUUGAGCGCGAUGUGCUGGAGCAGAUCGAUCUGCGUCAGCAAAGGUGCAUCUUUGGCAUCAUAUCCAGACAGACGUUGCUAUACGAGGCACAGCGUGCCCAUAAGCCGGGCGCAUAUUACAUUCUACCACAGCAAGUGCUGGAACAGCAGCUGGCCAUCUAUUUGCAGAAGCAUUCGCAUCUGGUGCAGCGGCUUGAUGAGCUCGUUAUGUCCAUCCAGUCGGUGGGCCUGAUCAACUACUGGGCUGGGCAGCUGGGAAGCGAGCGCUACUUUCGCAGCAUCUUUAUGUACCGGGACAAACGGUUGCGUCAGCCCGAUCUUUGGGCCAUCUAUGCCAUAGUGGGCGUGCUUUACGUACUCGCAACGAUCGUCUUUUUAUGGGAACUGGUCUCCGUGCGCUGGCGGCACAUCAACUAGUUGGAAGCCUUCAAAUUGAAAAGAUCGUAAUUACUUAAUGCUUCGAUAACGAUAACAAUAGAUAACGCAAUACCGUACAUGAAAUUGAAGUGCAUACAAGAAUAAAACCAAAUAAAGA